AGAGAGCCCCUCACUGCCCCGUGUUCUGAGUCGUCCCGUUUCCUCCUGCAGGUGCAGGCGACCCACUCGGAGUGCUCCCUCCUGCUGCGUUUCCAGGAACAGCAGGCUGGGUGUCUGGAAGCAAUCAGGAGUGAAAACCAAAGCAGUGAGUCCCCAGGGCCUUCCAGCUGGAAAGGCUGCCUGACCGAGUGGGACGGCAUCAGCUGCUGGCCGGCAGCGUCCCCGGGCCAGUCCCGAGCUGUGCCCUGUCCGGAGUUCCUGCAGAUGUUCAAGAGAUCUGAAGCUUUGAUACACCGGAACUGCACGGAGUCCGGCUGGAGCAGACCCAGCCCCCCCUACAGCCAGGCCUGCGAGCUGGACGGCAGCAAUAAGGACACCGAACCGUCCAGCAAUAAGGACACUGAAGCCAAGGGGGCCUACUUUGCCACCGUCAAGGUGCUUUAUACCUGUGCCUCCUCCGCCUCCCUGGCUGCGCUGCUCCUGGCCAUCAGCAUCUUCUGCUGCUUCAGGAAGCUUCACUGCACCCGGAAUUCCAUCCACACCCACUUCUUCGCCUCCUUCGUGUUGCGGGUGGCCGCCGUGUUCAUCAAAGACUCCGUGUUCUUCGCGGACGCGUCCAUCGACCACUGCACCAUGUCCACGGUGAAUUGCAAAGCAGCCAUGGCCUUCGUCCAGUACGCGGUGCUGGCCAACUUCUACUGGCUGCUCGUGGAGGGGAUGUACCUGCAGACACUGCUGCUGUUCACCUUCACCUCUGACAAGAGGUAUUUCUGGUGGUACACGCUCAUCGGCUGGGGUGUCCCUGUGCUCGUCGUGAGCCUGUGGGUCUUCGCUCGGCUGCAGUAUGACAACCAUGGGUGCUGGGACGACUAUGCCAGUCUGUACUGGUGGCUGAUUAAGGCUCCCAUUCUCUUUGCCAUCUUUACGAACUUCCUCAUUUUCCUGAACGUGAUCCGGAUGCUGGUGCAGAAGAUUCGAUCCCCCGACGCUGGCAAGAGCUACAAGCAGCAAUACAUGAGACUGGCGAAAUCCACGCUGCUCCUCAUCCCCCUCUUUGGGGUUCACUACUUGGUGUUCGCCCUCUUCCCCGAACAUAUUGGCGUCAUGCCGAGGCUCUAUUUCGAACUGGUUCUUGGCUCCUACCAGGGGUUCCUGGUGGCUCUGCUGUACUGCUUCCUGAAUGGGGAGGUGCAGGCCGAGAUCCAGAGGAACUGGGGCAAAUGGCAGCUGUCCAUGGAGAGCAACGUCUUCAACCUGGUGACCCAGGACUCCACGGCCUGAGGAGACUGUCUGGGGGUGAGGCCGGCAGCCACCACACCCGCAGCGGAGCCCAGCGCCCACUUUGCCACCCGGCUUCUUUCGGCUUCCUUGGCCCAACAGACGCAAGGAAAUACCUUGGAGCUCCCUCCAGCCCCUGCCCUGCGCUCCGGCCCAAAGCUUCCUGCCCGUCCUCCGGGAGACGACCCCACGGACAAAGGUUUUGCCUUUGGGAGAAGUUUUCAGAUGCUCAGGCUGGUUCUCCAUUCACGGCCUUCCUCCUUGUUUCACGCCCGGCGCUGCCCUGGCCCCUCUCCUGCCCUGCCAAUAUUCCCCCGUCCCCCGCUCUCAGCUGUGGUGACGCGCGUAUGCCCCAGGCUUCCAGGCAGCCCGUCUCCGUCGCAGGCGGGUUGCCCUUCUUGUAAAUACACAGAGCUCUUCUCCG